AUGCGCGUCGACGUCGCGAACCAACUACAGACUCCUCAACCGACAAAGGAGAAAGCAAGAAGGAAUUUCCCCGAACAGAUACCGAUGAAUGCAAAGGAACAGUGGGUGGCGCGCCUGGCCGGCAAUGAGCCACUGCAGAAGAUGACGGUGGGCGUUCCGCACGGCUUUAAGGGCGACGGCCUGAUGAAGAUGCUGAUGGAGAAUGAGAUACCACUGAUACGCGCGACCUGGUACAUCAAGAUCAUCUAUGGCAACAUGCCCAAGAACAAGAAUCAGGUGUGUCCAUCCACGGAUUGGACUAAGCUCAUCGUGCAGUUCUUCUUUGGAUCGGUGCGCAACCUCGAGAACGACCAGUCGCGCGACCCCUACGUCGACCGGCUGAGGAAGAUGCUGUACCUCGAGCGAUUGAUCAAGUGGAGCUUCUACGAGUGUCUGCUCAACAAGGAGACGCUGCUGACGCUUCUCAUCGACCAGCUGGACCAGGACACGGCCAUCGUGCCCGGCCUGCUGCUCUUCUAUUCAAACACAAUGAUGCAGUCCACAUCGAUGUCACAGCGCUUCCUGUUCAAGUGCCACGACAAGCUGACUAAGCUGACGGUGCAGAUGAACCGCGCGCAGACGCCGUCGACUGGUGCCAGCCUCGCGCCGCCCCUUCCCUCCUUUGCCAAGGAGCAAAAGAUCUUCUCCAUUCUCUGUACAAUCGCCAAGCAAAUCUCCAUCACUCUACCCGACGUCUUCCUGUCAUUCAAGUAUCACAAGGAGCUCGUAUCAUUCAUUUGGCCCACAAUCAACACUCUUGAGAAGUUGGAGCAACUAAAUCAGCCACAACCAUUUACACUUAAACUUACAAACACACCGGAAUAUACAUUCUUGAAGCGAUACUUAUUGGAGUCAAGUCAAGCGAAUGACAGCAGCAACAGUAGUAGUGUGGGUGGCAGCGAUGUGAGCCAACCUCAAUCAUCGACAAACAGGAAGUUCUUGGAGAUAUCAGACCUGAUCGAUGCAUUCGAUCGAUUCAUCUCCCACAACGACCUUGCCAAACUGUAUAGCGAAGUGUUUGGCACAUCAAACAAGACUUCAUUGGAUGAGGACAAACAAAAGAUAUUGUUGGUGUGCGAGUGGGCUGUGACUAGCUGCAGGAGCUCCCCAUUCUUACAUGUUGUUGCCGCGUCUUUGCUGAGGCGUUAUGCAUCGGCAGGAGGUGGUGGAGGCAGCGGUGGCGGAGGAGGAGGAGGAGGAGGAGUAACAUCCAACUAUCCACUUCAGAGCAUAUUGGUUCAAUUCUUGGAUACACAUCAGCCAAGUGGCAGCGAGCUUCGAAGCAUUUGCAACCUGUUCUCCGAGUUGACACGCAACCAAGUGUUCUCACAGAACUCAUACGCACGCUACCUCAUCUCGAGGGGCACUCUUGAGCAAGUGGACGGCGAUGCCGGCCUCAUCAACAACGAGGCCUCAUCAUCAUCAGCUGCAGCACUCAUCAUUGCCAACAAUCACAAACUGUAUCUUCGCGAGUUCCCAAUCUUCAACAGCAAUGACAUACCGACCAAUCAGACACAGCAACAGCGUAACCAGCGACGUACUAUACUCGCGUCCAAGUUCACCGACAAUGUCGAGCAGAUGGAGUCAGUGCGCGACCUAAUCAAACAAUACCUGCACGAUCACAACGAUGUCAUCAAGCACCACAAUGUCAUCAGCAAGCUACGUUCACUGUCAUUCUAUUAUCUGACCUCUCUGACUGAGUGGCUAUCACUUUGUAUCCGUAUACAAUUCCAACAAACACAAGACAUGAUAAAGACAGCUUCCAGCUCUAGUUCAAUCAAUAGUGUGUUGAAGGGAUUCCACCGACUGGAACUACCCUUGACAGAACAUUAUAUAUCUCGAUGCUUUAUGCUGAUGGAGUCAAUCAAGAGUUAUAACACAAUAGCGAUGUGUCUUCUGACAUUAUGGUCAAACUUUGAUCAGCUGGAAACAUUGCAUCGAUUCAUCAUUGCGACCACCUGUCGUUUGGAACUCGUGUUCCUAUACUCCUCAGACAAGAUGACCCAACUACUCGAUCUCCUUCAUACCACCUCCACCUCCACUACCACUACUACGACGAACGAACAACCAAUCAAACGAGCAUACCUACUACAUCUUCUCACCAAAUAUCAAUCCAUUGGCUCAGUGCAUCAAUGGACAUCAAUUGUAUAUAACAACAUCAACAACAACAACAACAACGACGAUACACAGCCACGACAGACUCUGAGUCUGGAGCGAGCCCAACUUACAUCUGACGAAUCGAUGCUUGACAAGUCUGUGUUGCAAGGUCAUUGCAGAAGUCUGCUGAAUGACUUUAUGCAACAACAGGUGGCAAGUCGCGAGCAUGGUGCAUCAUCAUCAGUCGACGACAACAUACACAUGAGCACUAUUCAAAUGUUAAGGACAUUCGAUACCAACAUCAUUCAACCAAUGGAGCAAUCCUUCACUCAACAGGACAUUGCAUCAGAGUUCAUCAAUGCAAUUCUUGGACAACUUGACCAACCAUUACCAAUGCCUAUCAAUCGCAUCAACCCGUACGCCACAUUCCUCUCUUGCUUGUCUAUUGGAUAUCCGGUGGACUUUAAUCAUCCAGAGUUGUUCUGCCGUUUGUUCAAGACCCACCUGACUACGUGGGUCCAGUCCGCAAAUCAAUCAUCUCAAUUGGCGACCUUGUUUGAUCCAAUGUCGUCACUAUUGAUCUCACUGGUCGUCAUGCAGUACAUUGACGCCAACACACUACUCUCUGUUGCCAUCCUGCCAGCCAUAUCCACAUUCCUACCACAUGAUCUCAAUCAACAGGACCAACAACAACAGCAACAAUAUGAUCCACAACAACUAGGCUUCAUUAUCAAGAUGAUACAGGUGUUGUUAUGUUACAACAAUUCAUCCAAUGCUGUGAUUGAGUUCCUGCCCGUACUCUCUGUGAUGGCACCGGACAAGACCCAAGCACUGGCCCAGCUCUUCCCCACGCUCUGCAAGCUCUACGACUAUUUUGAGAAGAGCACAAACAGCAGUGGCAGUGGCAGUGGCACAACCAAUGGACAUGGUCACACUGGAAACGUUGACAUUCAUACUCAGUUGCUUAAUGAUAUCAAGCUGAUACUCACAGAUGCUGACUACAAACAUGUAUUCUUGGUCGACUCACAACGACACAUCGAGUCGAUGAAGACCAUGAACCUCGACCCCGUCACCAGUCGCUAUCUAUUCAAUCUCAUCAUUGGCAAUAUCAAGAUGACCGACACAACGACAACAACGGCCACUACAUCAUCAUUCGACAACAACUCUGUUCAGCCAACAUUCGAGCGACUGCGGCCAGAAAAUGUCAUCAACUAUGCCUACCAGGUGAUCAACAACACAUUGUCAAACUCAUUCAACUGCUACUGGUACAUCCAUCUCAGCUACAUGGAGCUGCGCCUGCUGCUUGAUGAGUGGCAGUCACUGCCACCAAUGCAGACUACGCCGCCUAUCCGCUCGCCAUCUCAAUCGCCACAGCUUGGCAAUGCUAUGCAGACGUCCUCGUCGUCGCAGACGUCCCCGGCCAACACACCCGAGUCCAUCCUCACACAGUUCAUCCUGUGUCACUUUGAGCAGAACAAGGGCUGGGAGAAGAUCUUCCUUUACGAGAAGCUGUUCAUCUACCUCCCACAGACUGUUCGCAAUGAGUUGGUCAAGCUGACCACCAUCAUCAUGGAGUCUCAGUACGAAGAGUCAUCGUUCAUCGCGCCAGAGUCCAAACUCUACCUCUUCUCUCAUAUCCUCUCCAAUCUACCCGUUCGCAAAAGACCCAGCCAAAAGGAAAGGACGAACAACAAGAAGGAUGAGUUGUUGUUGCAAAAGUCCUUCACAGAGUUGAUCAUCAAUAUAUUGUCAUCGUACGAGCCAUCCAGCCCUCUGCUACAGGGCUUUGCCGUCUCGUUGCUCAGACAAUUGAACCAAUUCCUCAACAACACUCGGCUUUACGACGCGGUCAACCUGCCUGCCGAGCUGGUCGAACUCGUCCUCAACUCGUUGUCAAUGCGCAUCUCCUUCCUCAUACCGCUGUGCAACACGAUCAAGCUCGCCAAGACCGAGUGCAAGAUUGAGGAGCUGUCCAUCGCACUGCUCUCACUGCUAUCGCGCUCGAUCAUUCAAUCAGACGAGGAAUACGACUUCUUUAACGUGAUCCUCACGAUCCUGGAUCUAUUGCUCUCAGACAACAACAACCAUUGCCACCCGAUCCCAAACCCAUGA